GAUUCCGUCACUUCCAUCUAAUUUCCUUUCCUUCGAAAAAAAACAAAAAUUUCGAGUGACUUUUUUUCUAAGCCAAAAAAGAAGAACAACAAUUAUAGAAAAGAAAAAAACAAAUCCACUCGCGAAAAUACCAGUUCCACUUUCACAUCUUUUUCAGUUAUCACUCUCGCCGGAACCCUAAUUUAAUUUGAUUGAACUCGAAUUCAUUAUCCACCGAUGAGUUUACGAUUUGGGAAUCAGUGAGAUAAAAAAAAAGGGCUGGAUUUCAUCGCCGGAUGGAGGGAGGUAGCGUCUCUAGCCUUACUUCUUCUGGGAUUCACCCAUGGAUUAUGAUGACAGUGAUUUUGAAAGCCAGAAUCUCCAUUUAGCCAGUGAAGGGAGCUCCAAAUUUCCUCCAGUAUUAAGACCAUAUGCUCUCCCUAAGUUUGAUUUCGACGAAAGCCUUCAAGCAAAUUUAAGAUUCGAUAGUUUGGUUGAAACAGAAGUUUUUCUUGGCAUUGAAAGUAACGAAGAUAACCAGUGGAUUGACGCAUUCUCUCGUGGAGGUAGUAACAUAGAGUUCAGUUCAACUGCUGCUGGAGCUUGCUCUAUAUCAAGGCAUGACAAUGUGUGGUCCGAGGCCACUUCCUCAGAGUCUGUUGAAAUGCUCUUAAAAUCUGUUGGACAAGGGGAGUAUAAUCCUAGACAAACUGUUAUUCAGGAAUCAGAUGCCUGUGAUGAACUGGCCUGCUUAGCUAAGCAAAUGGACUCCAAUCCAAAACCUGAUGAUAGAAAUGAAUUCAAAGUUGAUGAUACAGAUUUACAGCCACCUGGUGGUACAAAUACAAGUUUUUAUGGAUUGAAGGAGAAUGUAGGAAUAGAGCAGUCUCAGGCUGGAGUUUCCCAAAGUCAUGAAAAUGAUUUAUCCAUUGAUGUAAGUUCAGGUAUUCUUGAACCAAAUGAUGUGUGCCAAAAUAUUGACAUCCCUAUUUCUGAGGGUAGUCCAACUUUCUUUACCAAUGAUAAAGGUAACAAUACUAAACAAGGAGAAGUUGAGAUUGUGGCUGAUGACUUGCAUCAUGGCGAAAUGCAUGAUUCAUCAGCACUUGCGGUGGAAACUGAUAUUACCGAAUCAUCUAUGCACAAUAUGGUUAAUGAGCAACAAGGUCCUCAACAAACACAAACUAAUAAUCAAAAUUCGGAAUCUUCUUUGACUAACCAAGAAGCUGUUGUAGACACACAGACUCUGGAUGAAAGUGCAGUUGGUGCUGAUACACAUCAUCCCGAUAAAUCUGUUUUUUCAAUCCCCACACAAGAAACUUUGGAAGGAGGGAGUGUAGUUAAAGGAUCUGAGACCGGGUUAAGUAGUUUAGAGGAUUCCAUGGGAAUGGGAACUAUUGCAGUUUCGGAUUUGCAGAAAGAAGAAAGAUGCAGUGAAGACAUAUGGUCCUGUGAUCUGUCUCGGGCCAAUGCUAGUAAAAACUUAGUCUUGCUUAAAGAUGUGGCGAUGGCUGAUCAGUCUGCACCAGAUACAUGCACAUUGCCAAAGGUUUCAAUUAAAGAUGAUUCUGUCUUUGAGGGGCAGGUGGUUGAGGUUAGUAAUUCUAGUUAUGGGAUUUGUCCUAAUCUCCAGCAAACUGUCGAUGUCAUGGAGAAGAAAACUUACAGUGUAAGCAAUGUUCCUAAGGAAAAUGAGUCAUUGAACACCAGUGGUGACCACAUGGAUACAGGGAUUUUAUCUAGCAAGUCAGAGGCAUCUAUGUUUCCUGCAGAGGAAAAUAGCAUUUCUGUUGUUAGUGAAGGAAAUAAUGAUAACAUGUUAGGUGGUUUUUCUGUUUCAACAAACUCUUCCAUUGUGGGUGAGUCGACUCAAACAUGCGUAAACAAUGAACCUGAUAGGCAAAGUGACCUAGAAAAGUUUGACCAAGAUGAUUUUGUCAAUGAUGAAGAGAAGACAAAGAUUUGUUCUGAUAUGAGUCAAAUGCAUUCUGAUGUUGCCCUAUCCCAUCUUGGUGAUAAGGGAGUUGUUUCAUCACUUCUUAGUGCAUGUAGCAUGCAAUCUGAGUUGACAACUUCCUGUGUGUCAAUCAACGUCAAGCCUGUCAAUAAUUCAGCUUCACAAGUUGUUUCAGAAAAUAUUAGUUUGACAUCCUGUGAGAUAAUGAAUGAUACACCUCCUAGUGAAGUUGUUUCAACUCAUGGAGCUACUGGUGACAACAAUGUUCAAAGGGUAACUACUGUUGAGUUAUCUUCUUCCGAGGGAAAAGAAGAAAUUGAUAUGAAAAUAGCAGAGGAAGCUGGUAUACCGAUUAUUGCUAGGUCUUCUGAACAGGAAAUUGCUCCUUGUCCUGUUAAGGAAACAGAAAAACUUCAUACUUCUGGACAUUUGAUAUGUGACAUGGAAAGUGACAGUAUGCUUGGUGUAGGGAUGCAUGAUGCUGCAAAGAUUGGUGAACCUCAAAAAACAAUAGAUGAUAAGGCUACCCAAGAAUGCACAAAAGAGAUUAGUAAGCCUCCAGUUCUAUGUGAAUCGUCAGAGAAACAGGGUGAUGGUGUCACAAUUUCUGUUAUUGAGGAUGACAAGGAGACUUUACAGGAGAUUCAUGACAAGUCACCCUCGAAAGAGUUAGGUGACGAUUUAGUUAGGAACAAAGAUUGUGUAUCUACUGCUCCUUUGUCGGACUCUUGUGUUAAGUUGCCUGAAACUGGUAGCUUUCCUGCCAAUACUAAUUGCAGUACCCCCAGUACAUUCAGAAGCCCUUUUCAAACUGAAAAGGAUGAGGAUCGAGGUAAGGCUUAUGCUAAUCAGAACCCUCCAGCAUCUGAUUUGAAAAAUUGUGGUACAAAUAAUACUUUGACUACCGCUCAAGUUCUAAAGGGGAAUACUGCAUCUAAAGAUGACAGAAGCUCAACUCCUGAGGUAAAUUAUGUGGUUGAUUUAUCCAUGAAGGACACUGUAGAUGUAAAUACAGAAGAUGUUGGCAAGAGACAUUCAGCUCCUGUUAUCACAACCAGCAAUGCAUCAAUAGCUUUAGAGGAAUCUCCUUCAACUUCUGUGCUAGGUCCUUCAAAAACCAAAACUGUAGCAAAUAUCUCCUGUGGAAGUCCACAAAUAUCAGAUCGAGAGGCAACUUUAAGUGCUUCUAAAGCUACACCUGAGCGCAAAACUAGGCGAUCAUCUAAUAAGGCAGCUGGAAAGGAAUCUGCUAGAAGAGGUCGUGUGAAAGGCGCAACUCCCGCUAGACAGUCUGAAAGAGAUGAUAAAUCAACAAAAGUUUCCCUUAGCUCAUCUUCUGGUUUCAAGCUGAUGCAAUCAAAUGAGGUACAACAGUAUGGGCACAUCGAUUCCAGUAGUUCAAAGUCAUUUGUUCAUAUAAAUACUUCAACAUCAAGCCUUCCAGAUUUGAACACUUCUACUUCUUCACCUGUCUUGUUUCAUCAGCCGUUCACAGAUCUGCAACAAGUACAAUUGCGUGCACAAAUAUUUGUCUAUGGAGCAUUGAUUCAAGGCACAACACCAGAUGAGGCACAUAUGAUAUCAGCUUUUGGGGGGACAGUGUUUUUAGAUGGUGGAAGGAGCAUUUGGGAGAAUGUCUGGCGUGUCUGCAUAGAAAGGCAGCAUAGUCAAAAAUCUCAUCCCAUCAACCCAGAAACACCUCUACAAUCACGAUCUGCUGCAAGAACAUCUGAUUCAACAGUUAAGCAAAGUGCGCUUCAAGGGAAAGGUAUCUCUUCACCUCUUGGUAGAGGUUGCAGCAAGGCUACUCCAACUAUUACUACUCCCCUAAUACCUCUAUCAUCUCCUCUCUGGAGUCUGCCAACUCUCUCAUGUGAUUCACUGCAAUCCAGUGCCCUUGCAAGAGGUUCUGUUGUGGAUUAUUCACAGGCACAUACUCCUCUGCAUCAUUAUCAAUCUCCACCUCCGAGAAAUUUUCUUGGACAUAACACAUCAUGGAUAUCCCAAGCCCCCCUACGUGGACCAUGGAUUGGGUCUGCAACUCCCGCGCCUGACAAUAGCACCCAUCUUUCUGCAUCACCUGCCUCAGAUACAGUUAAGUUAGGUUCAGUCAAGGGAUCUUCUUUGCCUCCUUCCUCAAGCAUAAAAAAUGUUACUCCUGGUCCUCCUGCCUCCAGCACAGGCUUACAAAGUAUUCUUGUUGGGACUUCUCAGCUUGAUGCCAACAUUGUGACAGUACCACCUGCUCAGCAUUCUUCAGAUCCAAAGCCCAAAAAAAGGAAAAAGGCUGUGCCAUAUGAGGACCUUGGCCAGAAGCCUUUGCAGUCUCUGACUCCAGCUGUCGCUAGCCGUGCAUCUACUUCUGUUGCUGUUGUGACCCCUGUUCACAAUGUGCCAAUAUCUACUGUUGAGAAAUCAGUUGUUUCUGUAUCUCCUCUAGCUGAUCAACCCAAAAAUGAUCAGAGUGUUGAGAAUAGGAUUCUGUCAGAUGAGUCUCUUAUGAAAGUUAAGGAGGCUAGGUUACAUGCAGAGGAAGCUUCUGCUCAUUCUGCUGCUGCAGUGAAUCAUAGCCUAGAGUUAUGGAGUCAGUUGGAUAAGCAUAAAAGUUCUGGAUUGAUGCCAGAUAUUGAGGCCAAAUUAGCCAAUGCAGCAGUUGCGGUUGCAGCUGCUGCAGCAGUUGCAAAGGCAGCGGCUGCAGCUGCUAAUGUUGCAUCAAAUGCUGCAUUUCAAGCAAAAUUGAUGGCCGAUGAAGCAUUGAUUUCAUCUGGUUGCGAAAAUUCCAGCCAAAGUAAAAAUUUCCUUACCGAGGGUACUAGUAAAGUGGGACAAGCUACGCCUGCUUCCAUUUUGAAGGGAACAAAUGGAACCAAUAGCCCCGGUUCAAUCAUUGUAGUUGCAAAGGAAGCUAUUCGAAGGAGAGUGGAAGCAGCUUCAGCUGCCACCAAAAGAGCUGAGAAUAUGGAUGCCAUUUUAAAGGCUGCUGAGCUUGCAGCAGAAGCUGUAUCUCAAGCAGGAAAGAUUGUAACUAUGGGUGAUCCUUUGCCAUUAAUCGAAUUGGUAGAAGCUGGCCCAGAAGGAUGUUUGAAAGCAGCACCAGAGUCUUCUCGGGAAGUUGGAUUAUUGAAAGACAUGACCAGAGAUCUUGUGAACAUUGACAUUAUCAGAGAUAUCCCCGAAACUUCUCAUAUAAUACAAAACAGAGACAUUUCAUCUAGUGGAAUGUCAGCUUCUAUCAUGAUCAAUGAAAAGAAUUCAAGAGGACAAAAGGCACGCAAUGUUUCUGAUUUAGUCAAGCCUGUUGACAUGGUUCUUGGAUCUGAGCCUGAAAUACAGGCUUCUUCUUUCACUGUUAUUAAUGGAUCUGAAAAUCUUGGCGAAAGUAGUUUCAAGGAGGGCUCACUUGUGGAGGUCUUCAAAGAUGAUGAAGGUUAUAAAGCUGCAUGGUUCAUAGCAAAUAUUUUAAGCUUGAAAGAUGGUAAAGCUUAUGUAUGCUACACUUCACUUGUAGCUGUUGAAGAGCCUUUAAAGGAAUGGGUUUCACUUGAAUGUGAAGGAGACAAGCCACCGAGAAUACGCACUGCUCGCCCUCUGACUAGUUUGCAACAUGAAGGACCAAGAAAGAGACGCCGAACAGCUAUGGGAGAUUAUGCAUGGUCUAUCGGGGAUAAGGUUGACGCAUGGAUACAAGAAAGCUGGCGGGAAGGUGUAAUCACGGAGAAGAAUAAGAAAGAUGAAACAACUUUAACCAUCCACAUUCCUGCUAGUGGAGAAACAUCAGUUCUUAGAGCUUGGCAUCUCCGUCCAUCCCUUAUUUGGAAGGAUGGGAAAUGGCUUGAAUUUUCCAAGGUGGGAGCAAAUGACAGUUCUACGCACGAGGGUGAUACACCACAUGAAAAGCGACCAAAGCUGGGUAGUAUGAGUAAAGUAGAGGUGAAAGGGAAAGACGAGGUGCCAAAAAGUAUGGAUGCUGUGGAGUCGGAAAACCCUGAUCAGAUGAACUUGCUUAAUUUGACUGAAAAUGAGAAAGUAUUUAACAUUGGUAAAAGCAGCAAGAAUGAAAGCAAACAGGAUGCACGUAGAAUGGUGAGGACUGGUCUUCAAAAAGAAGGAUCAAGAGUGAUUUUUGGAAUUCCUAAACCUGGGAAGAAAAGGAAGUUUAUGGAAGUAAGCAAGCAUUAUGAUGCACAUGGGAGCAGCAAGGCUAAUGAUAAAAAUGAUUCGACUAAAAUUGCCAAUUCUUUGAUCCCUCAAGGAUCAGGACUCCGAGGAUGGAGAAAUAGUUCCAAAAAUGAUACUAAAGAGAAAUCUGGAUCUGGAGCUGACUCUAAGCCCAAGACUAAAUAUGGAAAACCACAGGGUGUUUUGGGUAGAGUGAACCCGCCAAGAAACACUUCUGUAUCCAAUGCAUCUUCUCUUACCACUGAUCUGACAAGUCAUACAGAUAUGACGAAGGAUUCUUCAAAUCAUUUCAAGAAUGCUUCACAGAGUGAAAUUCAGGUGGAGAAAUCAUCCUACACCACAACUGAUGGAACAACACAAGUACCGAUGGUAUUUUCAUCACAGGCAACUUCAUCGGACACUCUUCCUUCUAAGAGGACAUUCACAUCAAGAGCAAGUAAGGGAAAACUUGCACCUGCGGGUGAUAAGUUGCGCAAGGGUGGCGGUGGAAAGGUUUUAAAUGACAAACCCACGCCAUCAACAUCUGACGUCGUUGAGCCCCGGAGAUCCAAUCGCAGGAUCCAGCCAACUUCCAGACUAUUAGAAGGAUUGCAGAGCUCUUUGAUAGUCUCAAAGAUUCCUUCGUUUUCACAUAAUCGUAAUAUUCCUAAGGGUAAUAACAACCAGGGUUGAACUGAAGGAGCUUGCAACGACGCCGUACAGUUAUUAGAUGACCGACACACCCAGCAUAGAUUUGUAUAUUUAUUUAUAAUAGGGAACCUGGGAAUGGAAAUUCUUGUUUCCUUUGUUUUAGGCAGAGACUAUAGUUCAAUAGAUGGUUGGUCAUAUUGGUUUAGUAUUAUUCAUAUUUAAAUGUGAUUUGAUCCUUUUGUCUUAUGGCACUAUAGGCUGUGCUGUAUAUGAAAAUUCCUUGUUUGUAGAUGUUGAUCAAAUUGAUAUGUGAUGUGUCUCACCCUCUAACCGCCCCCGGUUCUAGUCCCUUUUCUUUCUAAA